UAAACGCUCGUUCGCCGUUGCGGAGGUGAAACGAUUUCAUUGUCUCGCGAGGAAUGCGCGCUGCGUGAACGUAUACUUAUGUACGUACGUAGAACACGGAACGCGAAAGAAGUUGAGUUUGUAUGGAACACCGCAGAAAAAUACCAAUUUAUCGCGAUUGUCAAGUUGUGAUAAAAGGUGAUAAGGAUGAUAUCGGCAUCGGUGUCGACCAUGGUAUCAUCGUCGCGUAGUCAGCCUUAGUGCUCGCGCUAGGAUUGAGUGUGGUGUGUGUUGUGUGUGGUGUGGUGCCAUUUUAAUUGGAUUACUGUUGUUUCUUUGCUUUAAAUAAAAAUGCGAUGUGGUCUUCGGGUGUGAGUGUAAAGACGUCAUCGUCGUCGGGUUUCACAAAAAAUAUCAUGCGGUCGCCCUCGCAGUCGCAGUAUCCAUCGAACCGGACUAAUUCCCUAUAUCACAAUAAUCAUUCCAACGGACAUAUUGGUUUAAAUGGCUACGAAGCAAACGGAAAAGGUUUUCUCGGCGGUAACAAGCAGUGGAAGCAACGGCCUGCCUCGUGGGCAGCCGCACCACCUCAGUAUCAAUAUCAGGGUGUUAUCAAUGCGUAUGACGGGUAUCCACAUCAGCUGCAACAUGCGAAUGUGAAUCGAGGCGGUAAUUUGGAUGUUAAGGUCGAUCCCGAGCUGAUAUUCACGAAGCAGGAGCGCAUCGGCAAGGGCUCCUUCGGCGAGGUGUUCAAGGGCAUCGAUCGUCGCACGCAGCAGGUCGUCGCCAUCAAGAUUAUCGACCUCGAAGAGGCCGAGGAUGAGAUCGAAGACAUUCAGCAGGAGAUUAUGGUGCUGUCGCAAUGCGACAGCCCGUUUGUCACCAAGUAUUUUGGCUCCUAUCUAAAGGGAACAAAACUAUGGAUUAUCAUGGAAUAUUUGGGCGGCGGAUCGGCGCUGGACCUGAUGAAAGCUGGCAACUUCGAAGAAAUGCACAUUGCUGUCAUUUUACGCGAAGUGCUAAAAGGUUUAGACUAUCUGCACACGGAGCGUAAGCUGCAUCGCGAUAUUAAGGCAGCGAACGUUCUGCUGAGUGAAAUGGGAGAUGUGAAACUGGCUGAUUUUGGCGUCGCCGGUCAGCUUACCAACACCACCAGCAAGCGCACCACAUUUGUUGGCACGCCCUUUUGGAUGGCUCCAGAAGUAAUCAAGCAAUCUGCCUAUGACUCAAAGGCGGAUAUUUGGAGUUUGGGAAUAACUGCCAUCGAGCUGGCGAAGGGAGAACCCCCCAAUUCAGAAUUGCAUCCAAUGCGAGUGCUUUUUCUCAUUCCGAAGAACAAUCCGCCGCAGCUAAACGGCGACUUUACUAAGCACUUUAAGGAUUUCGUCGAGGCGUGUCUUAAUAAAGAUCCGCAAAACCGACCCACGGCCAAAGAAUUGCUCAAGUUUCCGUUCAUCCGGAAAGCCAAGAAAAACUCUUAUCUCAUGGACCUUAUCGAUCGGUACAAGAAAUACAAGGAGACGAAGAACGUUGACAGCGAGACGGAAUCGGAAAAUUCGGAUUCUGAAGAGUCUAAACAUGAUAAUUACAUGGACGAUCCUGGUUGGAUAAUGACUGUGAAAGGUAACAAGCCAAUGCAUAUGGCGGAGGACCUGCCAUCGCCAAAUCACAAGGUUACGCAAAAAGUGCAGAACGGUUCUGGGCCUGCGUUAGCGAAAUCACCGCCGAAAGAUUCCAACCUGAAUCACUACAGAUCAGAGAAACCAAUUACUUCUCGUCCAACAUCUAUGGUCCAGUCAGCACAAGAAACGCGCAAAGAGGAUCAUAUUAUGCACGUGGAGCGCGAGCGCGAACGAGAUCGUGAACGCGAGCGUGAGCGUGAACGAGAUCGAGAGCGCGAGCGGGAACGAGAACGCGACAUGAUCAAGAGUGAUCGCGAGAAAAAGAUUAAAGAGUUUGUCCCACUCGAUCAUCGGGGAUCGUCGGAUGCUGACGAUAAGAAAGCACAUCAUCGCAAGAGUGUCUCACGCGAGCAUUCGCAUUCGAGCAAGAAUGAUGUGCGCUCCCCAUGUCUGUCCGGUGUAAUUUAUCCGUUAAUAUCUGAGCUGCAGAGAAAGUAUGACGGGAGGAGUCCAGAUAGUGCGCACAAAUCGAUUGACGCCAUCGAAGAACUAAAGAACGCGUUCGAGCUGGCGGAGCGUUCGAGUCCAGGCAUCAGCGAGACAUUCAUAUGCGAAAUGGUACAAAAGUUGGUGCCGUCCGUGACGGAUCAACGGCUACGAAACGUCAUGGACAAAGUCACAAGGCAAUCAUAGAAUCAACUCGUAGAGUGAUAUUAAUUUAAUUCGUCGGCGAAAACGAGCCCGAAACAACAGUUAAUGCGCCUGCAUUACGCAUGACAAUAUCGUAAUAAAUUCAACACAUCUACACAUUACACACGAGAACAAAAAAACCUACGGCAUCAUCUUGUCUGAGGAUGUAUGCGAGAUGUAUGUGCGUAGAAAUUGGUUUGGGUGUGAUCGACAAGUCGAGUGAAUCCCAGCCAUUAUAAAUUCACUCGAUCUACAUAGACACACUCACAUUCAAGACAUAUGAAUGUUUAAAAAGAAAUGGGGGUCUUCCUUGUUGUAUUUAUUUUUUAUUUAAGCGUUUAAAUUAUGAAUACCUUGUGCUAUCGUAGGAUAGUCGUUCGUAUUUCAACCCAAACACAAAGAUACAAACACUAACAAGCAAAACUAAAAUUAAAUAUAUUGAUUUUACCUAGGAUAAAACUUACAACUAGGUGAAUAUAAAAAACGAGGGUUGCGCGAUACUCGAAGGGUUUUCACCGUUCUGACUGGUAAUUGUUGCAAAUGUUACACUUACACACGCACACGAAGAUGAAGAAACUUACACAAACACAUAUGCAGAGAGGGGGAUUAUCGUGUCGAAUUGUUAUGUAUUUGCCAACGUCUUCGUCCGAGAUGGCGACGACGAGGACGGCCACACUGUAUAUAUGUACAUGUAGAUGAUAAAGAAUUAUAUAUAAUAUUUUCUCUUGCAAUGUAUUUUUUUAGAUAUGUACAUAUAAUAUGAAUUUAUAUUGUUUUGGUCCGCGCGCGGACGGCAAUUACGUUUAAAUUAUGUUUAAAGAUUGAAAUUAAUCACAAGUCUGGGGGGCUUUAUUUCGUGCGCAGAGUGUUGUGGGAAGUAAGGCAGCCAGGCCAUACAUGCAUAAAUGUACAAUGAUAUAUUUCCUGUAUGUAUAAAAGUACUAAUUUUAAAUAUCAUAUUUUGUUGAUGAUAAAAUGAUGAUUGAUUAAAUCGUAAAAAAUUUCA